GGGCUAUCCGUUCUCACGAUUGUGGAUUUGGUCCAAAAAGGACUUCUUUUUCUCUCCACCUCCUCGUCGUCUUUAAUUUUCUCGCCCAUUUUGGCUUUCGCCCACCUACUGUCUCCUCCCACUGCGCCCCAUGAGACCCUAACGAACGAACGUCUCCACGAACGACCACCUCCUCCUCGAAUCCCACCAAAAAUCCCCACAGGUUUCUGCAGGGAUCCGUCCAAUUCGCAGCCUUUCCCUUUUCUCCGGGGCCAAUUCGUGUUAGAAUUUGUGAAAAAGCCACAAUUUUCCGCCUUUUUUCUUUAGCUUUCGACCCCUUUUCCUUUUUGACUCCACCGGCCCGGUUCUUUACUGGUGUUCCUGAUUGCGCUUCUCGUCGAAAGGCUUGGUUUUGGGAGGGUCUCGAUCGCGGAUUCGGCUCUGGAGGCAUCGAUUUGAUCCGAAGGUAAAGAAAUUAUGGAUUUGGGAAGAGUUCUUUAGAGUGGUUUCGAUCGAGGACUUGUUCGGGCAAUCCAUCAUGAUUAAGCAAAUCCUCGGCCGGCUACCCAAGAAGCCGACCAAGUCCGGCGAGAAAGAUUUGGCCGGAGCGGGCUCUUCGCUUCCCAGCCCGACGUCUGAUGCAAGAAGAACCACGACGGAUUUGACCAUGUCUAAUAGGAUUGUCAAUCCGGACAGUUAUGCCUCCACGGUCACAAAUCCUGGCCAGAAUUACGCAGUCAGGAACGCCGGUGUUGGUGGCGGUGUCAAUAAUGGAUUCGCGGCCUCAACCGGUUACGAGGCUCUUCCGAGCUUCCGUGACGUGCCGGCUUCAGAAAAACCCAACUUGUUCCUCAGGAAGCUGGCCAUGUGCUGGGUGCUGUUCGACUUCAUGGACCCGACAAAGGAUGUGAAGGAGAAGGAGAUCAAGAGGCAAAUGUUGCUUGAGCUCGUGGAUUAUGUCACCUCAGCCACCGGGAAAUUCUCGGAGUCUGUCGUGCAGGAUGUCAUCAAGAUGGUGUCUAUAAAUUUGUUCAGGACCCCUACCCCUGCUCCAAGAGAGAAUAAGGCGCUCGCGUCGUUCGAUUUGGAGGAGGAAGAGCCUGUCAUGGACCCGGCAUGGCCGCACUUGCAGAUUGUAUAUGAACUGUUCUUAAGAUUUAUUCAGUCUCCUGAGACGGAUGCGAAGCUGGCCAAGAGAUACAUUGAUCAUGGUUUCAUUAUCAGGCUUCUUGAUCUCUUUGACUCGGAGGAUCCAAGGGAGAGGGAGUAUUUGAAGACAAUACUUCACAGGAUAUACGGGAAGUUCAUGGUGCACCGCCCAUUCAUUAGGAAGGCAAUUAAUAAUAUCUUCUACAGGUUCAUAUUUGAGACAGAGAAGCAUAAUGGCAUUGCAGAGCUGUUAGAGAUUUUGGGGAGUAUAAUUAAUGGUUUUGCUUUGCCACUCAAAGAAGAGCACAAAUUGUUUUUAGUCCGGGUGCUGAUUCCACUCCACAAACCAAAAUGCGUUAGCAUGUACCAUCAACAACUUUCAUACUGUGUCACUCAGUUUGUUGAGAAAGAUUGCAAGCUUGCUGAUACUGUUAUAAGGGGUUUACUGAAGUAUUGGCCCAUCACGAAUAGCUCAAAGGAGGUGAUGUUUUUGGGUGAGUUAGAGGAGGUACUGGAAGCUACUCAGCCAGCAGAAUUCCAGAGGUGUAUGGUGCCACUUUUUCAUCAACUUGCCCGCUGUUUAAGCAGUUCUCACUUUCAGGUGGCGGAGAGAGCUCUCUUUCUAUGGAACAACGAUCAUAUUGAGGGUUUGAUCAAACAGAACAGCAAGGUGAUACUGCCCAUAAUCCUUCCUGCGUUAGAACGAAAUACAAAAGGCCACUGGAACCAGGCAGUUCAAAGCUUGAGUCUAAAUGUUCGCAAAAUAUUCAUGGACCAUGACCCCACACUGUUUGAGGUGUGCCGCAAGAAGUUUGAGGAAGAUGAAGCUCAAGAAGCUAGCGCGAGGUCAAAGCGUGAGGCUAGAUGGAAGCGCCUAGAAGAAACCGCCUUGUCAAAAUCUACUCAGUGAAGUAGUACAUCUUCCUGAGGUUAUAGUUCAUCAUCAGAGUUCCUCUAUCUAGUCUUGCUGACUGCAUAUGAGCAGCUCUUUCUCGCGGGAUCAAGUUAGAUCGCUGAUGUAAUGCUCAUGGAUGACUGGUUGCCUAUUGUUACUUGUUCCCGAACAAUUUACAUGCUGACAUGUAAAUACGAGGUAGAUGAUGGGCUGUAACGCUUCAACAGAGCCUCGAGUUGCGUCAGUUGUGUGAUCAACUGUAUCGGUUCCGUCAUCAGAAGACAAAGGAAAAGAGGCAAAUGAUCUGUCCCGGCUUUCCUGAGAUGCAUGCGCCACAUGUUAAUGCGUAGCCUGCAGCUCAGUGUCCUGAUCCUAGGACGGUUAGGAUAGGAGCAUGAAAGAACAGCAAGUCGAGUAGCACUUGCACUUGCUUGUUGAUGGUGAUUUUGCUGGACUGUAAUCUGCUUAAUGUAUGAAUGAUAACUUGAAUCCAUGUCGUGAUAAUAUGUAAUCCUGGUGUACAUGUGUUUGCUUC